GUGGCGGAUUCGGAAAUGAAGGUUGCUAAGCCAAAUGCUGCUGACGUAGCCGGAAGACUACUGAUAGACAUGGCGGAUGGUUUGUGUAAGCCGGCUAUAGGUAAUAAUGGUACCCUUGUGCCAGAUUCGGAUGAAUUAGUCCGAUCAGUGACACUAUACCGACGUCGUCAUUGGCUAUUUCAUGGCACGGUACUGCCAUUCUUGGCCGGGUUUUACCCUGCUUGGUUAUACCUUUGGCUUGAUACUUAUGGGGUAUCCGAGUACCCCGAGGCCGGGUUCAUUGCUCUUGCAGUAAUUGGCAUUGUACAUGUUCUCACUGUGUUAUCGGGGCAUUGGUCGGUGCACGCACACUGUUUGCUCACCUGCACUAAGGAGCCACUUCCAAGCAAAGCUUCAUGGGCCAAAGUUGUGCCAACCCCCAAUAAUGGGUCUUCAGAACUGGUUCCAUUGCAAUACGAUGAGGAAGAGGGAGGAAAUGAGGUGAUCUCCUUUGAAUUCCAGAAAAUAAAAUACCGUUAUGAUGCCAGGGAGAAAGGACAGUUUGUUCCUGUUGCUUUUUCAGUGGAAUAUUCACUGAGUUUUUAUCAAAAUGCAAAGGGUUAUCUGGAAGAAUCUGAAAUCAAGGCAGCUGAGCGUAAAUAUGGAGUGAACAAAGCUGAAAUGGUGGUUCCUGAGUUUGUGGAGCUAUUCAAGGAAAGAGCAACUGCUCCAUUCUUUGUUUUUCAGGUGUUCUGUGUUGGGUUAUGGUGCUUGGACGAGUACUGGUAUUAUAGUGUCUUUACACUCAUCAUGCUGGUGGCAUUUGAGGCCUCGCUGGUACAGCAGCAGCUAAGGAAUAUGUCAGAAAUCCGCAAGAUGGGUAACAAACCCUAUAUGAUACAGGUAUAUAGGAACCGGAAGUGGAGACCGAUCUCUAGUGAUGAACUUAUCCCAGGAGACAUCGUUUCUAUAGGUCGUUCACCACAUGAGAACUUAGUGCCAUGUGAUGUGCUGCUUUUGAGGGGAAGAUGCAUAGUCGAUGAAGCUAUGCUGACAGGAGAGUCUAUACCUCAGAUGAAGGAACCAAUAGAAGACAUGGACCCCACCCACAUACUGGAUCUACAAUCAGAUUCUAAGCUCCAUGUUAUUUUUGGAGGUACCAAGGUGGUGCAGCAUACUGGCCCACAGAAGUCGAGCACUGGCCUGAAACCUGUCGAUAAUGGUUGUGUGGCUUAUGUACUAAGAACUGGAUUUACAACAUCUCAGGGGAAACUGCUGCGCACAAUCCUUUUUGGUGUAAAAAGAGUUACGGCCAAUAACCUUGAGACAUUCAUCUUCAUCCUUUUUCUGUUGGUUUUUGCAGUUGCUGCUGCAACCUAUGUCUGGCUGGAAGGGACAAAAGAUGUGAGCAGGAACCGGUACAAGUUGUUCCUGGAAUGCGCUCUCAUCCUGACCUCUGUGGUUCCACCAGAGCUGCCAAUUGAACUCUCUCUUGCUGUCAAUACCUCACUUAUUGCACUGGCUAAACUCUAUGUUUACUGCACUGAGCCUUUCCGAAUACCAUUUGCUGGAAAAGUCCAGAUUUGCUGCUUUGAUAAAACUGGCACUCUGACAAGUGACAGUCUUGUGGUGCGUGGUGUAGCUGGGCUGAAAGGCAAGGAGGUAACACCAGUGACUGAUAUUCCCAUUGAGACUCACAGGGUAGUGGCUACAUGUCACUCACUGGUACAGAUGGAUGAUGGCUCACUGGUAGGCGAUCCACUGGAGAAAGCGAUGCUUACAGCAGUAGAUUGGUCACUUACUAAGGAUGAAAAAGUGUUUCCUCGAAGCAUUAAAACACAAGGACUGAAAAUUCACCAGCGGUUCCAUUUUGCAAGUGCCUUAAAGCGAAUGUCUGUCCUGGCUUCCUAUGAGAAGCUGGGCUCUGUUGACUUUUGCUAUAUUGCUACAGUGAAGGGAGCACCUGAGACACUGCGUAGCAUGUUUGCAGAGUUCCCCAACCACUACGAUUCUGUUCACACCGAUAUAUCAAGAGAAGGAGCAAGAGUUUUAGCUCUUGGAUACAAAGAGAUCGGACAACUCAGUCACCAACAGGUUCGAGAAAUAAAACGUGAAGACUUAGAAUGCAAUUUGAAAUUUGCAGGGUUCAUUGUGGUGUCAUGUCCCUUGAAGUCAGACUCCAAAACAGUUAUAAAGGAGAUCCAGAAUGCAUCGCACCAUGUUGUGAUGAUCACUGGAGACAACCCUCUUACUGCCUGUCAUGUGGCACGGGAACUCAACUUUAUCCAUAAGCAGCACACACUCAUUCUUCAGGCUCCGUGUACAAAAGGUUCUGAAUGGCACUGGGAAUCCAUAGAUGGCACCAUUACACUACCCAUGAUACCACCUUCCUUUUCUGAUAUUUUCCGAGAAUAUGACCUCUGCACCACAGGAGAGGCUCUCUCUCAUCUAUAUAAUGUUGACUACAGGCUGCUGGAGGAACUCAUACCUCACAUCCGGGUGUUUGCAAGAGUUGGCCCAAAACAGAAGGAGUUUGUCAUUACAACCUUGAAGGGCCUUGGGUAUGUUACUUUGAUGUGUGGCGAUGGAACAAAUGAUGUUGGGGCAUUGAAGCAUGCCGAUGUAGGAGUAGCUUUACUAGCUAAUGCUCCAGAGAGAAUUCCAGAAAAGAAAAAGAAGCCCAAAGAACCGCAGAAUGAUGGUAGACCUGCCAUGCUGUCUCUAGGAAGUGGUACUGUAAAGCCAACAUCAAGAGCUGCCCGGCACAGAAUAAUGACACAGAGAGAAGAACAGCUAUCUGGACAGCGACUGCCACAGGAGCGAAUGCGACAAGUUUUAAAAGAACUCGAAGAGGACCAGUUGCCGAUUGUUAAGCUGGGCGAUGCUAGCAUUGCUGCUCCUUUCACGUCAAAGCUGUCAUCUAUACAGUGUAUUUGCCAUGUGAUAAAGCAAGGUCGCUGCACUCUUGUGACAACACUCCAGAUGUUUAAGAUCCUGGCACUAAAUGCUUUGAUUCUUGCCUACAGCCAGAGUGUCCUUUACCUAGAAGGAGUUAAAUUUAGCGACUUUCAGGUCACACUCCAGGGACUUUUGUUGGCUGGUUGCUUCCUCUUCAUAUCCAGGUCAAAGCCUCUGAAGACUCUUUCGAAAGAACGACCACUGCCAAAUAUUUUUAACUUGUACACCAUACUGACAGUCCUCUUCCAGUUCCUGGUUCAUUUCUUCAGUCUGGUUUACCUGUACAAGGGAGCACAAGAAAGGAGCCCACCAAGAAAUGAAGAGUUUGUCGAUCUGUACAAGGAGUUUGAACCUAGUCUUGUCAACAGUACUGUUUACAUAAUGUCCAUGUCAAUGCAGAUGGCUACCUUUGCUAUUAACUACAAGGGUCACCCAUUUAUGGAGAGUCUGCGAGAGAACAAACCUUUGUUGUGGAGCAUCGUCCUCUCAGGAUUGGCAAUUAUAAUGCUUUUGACGGGGUCAUCACCAGAGUUCAAUGAGCAGUUUGCAUUAGUGGACAUUCCUGUGGAGUUCAAACUCGUUAUUGCUCAGAUGCUAGUUGCAGAUUUCAUCCUUGCCCUGUUUGUUGACCAACUUCUCCAGUUUUUCUUGGGAAAUGCAAUGUUAAAAGUGCCCUCUUGAGAAUAUAUGUACUCAGCCUGGACACCAAUCUUUGAGAGCGGCCUGUGAAGCCUGAGACCUGUUUAUGUUGCAGCUGGAAAGUAAACUAAAAAAAAAGAUGGACAAGAAUAAAAGGGCCAGAUGGGAGCUCUUCAGAGCAGUGCUCCCCACACUGCAGUAUUUCAGAUUUUGGGAUUUUCCUCUAGAGGGUUUUGGAAAUAAUUCUCACAGGUAUUUCUUGCCAGUGAAUAAUGAAAUUGUGGAAUUUUUACAAAGUUUGUGAAAACACUCAAAUGGUCAAGGAGGAAAAAAAUGCCUAAAGAUUCAAAUCAUUGUAAUGAUGACAUUUGUUGUCCACUGAACUUUUGUAUCGCACUAGUUUGGACAAUUUGUUAAAUAAACAGUAUCAGUGUAUUUUAAUUUA